AUUGCGUUUGCCGUUUUUAGACGUAGUCUACCCUCAUCACACAAAUAGUAUAGGGUGUGGGCAACUUUUUUUAACAACACUGACUGGCGACCGCAUGACAGUAGUCUGACCUUCUAUAGAGGGGCGCAGUAACUCCGAAAGAGACAGAAGUGAUGAGUGCGACAUUCUAAAGUUUUCAUGCCAUUCUUCCGGGAGGACGAGUUCUUUUUCGAAGUUUUCCCACCAGACAGCGGUUCGCCCUGGUCGGAUCCAAAACCGUCGGCGGCGACGUUGGCAGGCAAUGUACCUUCGUCUUGGGAGUAUAGAAAGCUGAAGAAGGACUGCUGACCUCCGUGCAGUUCUUCGCCUCUGCUCCUCGAUUCUGCUCCGUACAGAGAGUCAAAUGGCGACGUUAGUUCUGGACAACGGAGCCUAUACUGCGAAGAUCGGCUACAGCCAGGAGAGCGUCAGUGUCAUCCCAAACUGCCAGUUUCGCUCCAAGACGUCCCGAUUGAAAACCUUCACAGCCAACCAGCUGGACGAGAUCAAGGACCCCUCGGGCCUCUUCUACAUCUUGCCGUUCCAGAAGGGUUAUCUGGUUAACUGGGACGUCCAGAGGAAAGUGUGGGAUCACCUGUUUGGAAAGGAGAUGUUUAAGGUGGACUUCUCGGACACUAGCGUCAUCAUCACCGAGCCCUACUUCAACUUCUCCUCCAUUCAGGAGUCCAUGAACGAGAUUCUGUUCGAGGAGUACCAGUUCCAGUCGGCCCUCAGAACCAACGCCGGCUCUCUCUCUGCUCACCACUACUUCCACUCCAGACCCUCAGAGCUCUGCUGCCUGCUGGUGGACAGCGGCUUCUCCUUCACCCACGUGGUGCCCUACUGCCGCAGCAAGAAGAUGAAGGAGGGCAUCCGCAGGCUGAACGUGGGAGGGAAGCUGCUGACCAAUCACCUGAAAGAGAUCAUCUCAUAUCGUCAGCUGCACGUGAUGGACGAGACUCACGUGAUCAACCAGGUAAAGGAGGACGUCUGCUACGUGUCGCAGCAGUUCUACAAAGACAUGGAGGUGUCACAGCUAAAGGGCGGAGAGAACACCGUGGUGAAGGACUACGUCCUCCCGGACUUCAGCUCCAUCAAGAAAGGCUUCUGCAAGCCCCCCGAUGAGAUGCUCUUCAGUGGGAAGUAUAAGACCGGGGAACAGAUCCUGCGUCUGGCUAACGAGCGCUUUGCCGUCCCUGAGAUGCUUCUCCACCCGUCAGACAUCGGCAUCCAGGAGAUGGGUGUCCAUGAGGCCAUCGUGGACUCCAUCCAGUCUAUGCCUGAAGAGAUGCAUGCCCACUUCUACCAGAACGUGGUCCUAACCGGAGGGAACACUUUGUUCCCGGGAUUCAGGGAGCGCCUGGAGGCGGAGCUUAGAUCGCUGGCCCCCGCCCACCUACCUGUGUCCGUCCUCCAACCCGCCAAUCCCAUCUGUUACGCGUGGGAAGGAGGGAAGUUGCUGGCUCACAGUCCGGACUAUGACGAGGUCGUUGUGACCCGAGAAGACUACGAGGAGAACGGACACUUCAUCUGUGAGGAAAAGUUUGAUAUUUGACCGGACAGGGAGUGUCUUCUGCGGAAAUAAAGUGUACAGAGAAUGAGCGCGAGGAUCCUCCUUCAAGGGAUGAGUGCAAAGUUAAUAUUGUCUUGUUUUACUUCAUCGUGUUAUUUUUAUACCCAUUGUUUUUAUAAACCGGCCAGAGUUGUUUUAUUGUAAGUAAAAUGUGACACCUGAUAA